AUGUUUAAAAAACAUGGUAGUAAUCAACAUCAAAUCAAUUAUCAAAAAAUUGCAACUCGAUUUUAUUUAUUGUUUCUUCUGAUUUUGCUUAUUGUAUUUAGUUUCUAUUUAUUAUUAAAUGAAGAUCUUCAACAAACAACAAUUCAUCAACCAUUGGAAUUUCAAUAUAAACAACUUGAAGAACUUUAUUCUUCAAAUCUUUAUUGUCCAUGUUCAACAGUUUCAAUGAGUUAUUCAACUUUUAUGACAAUCGAACCUUACUUUCAUCAAGUAUGUUCAAGUGGUAUGAUAACAGAUGCAUGGAUUAAUUAUACCAGGAGCACUGAUGGGAUAACCCCAUUGUAUGCAAUGUUUGACUAUCGGGUGAGUGCCGUAUUCCUAUUUCAGUUGUUGUCAAUGUUUUGUCAACAUGCUCAACAAACAGUUAAUAUUAGUAUUAGAACAUUUCUUCAGACACAAUUUCUUUCUUCGCAAGUUAUUUCUAACGAUCGAUUUGAAACUAAAGUUAAUUCAUCUAUCAGUGAUUUGAAAUCUCAAUCUAUUGAUCAAUUUUUACAAACAGUUAAAAUAUUUCAAGGUGUAUCACAUGGAAAUCAACUGAUGAGCGAACAAUUUCAUUAUUAUAUUCCUCGUAUGAACUGGAAUGAUACAAAAAUGAUUCUUGAAAUACAAGAAUAUUUCAAUUGUUCAUGUAGUCUAUCUUCAUCAUGUCUUAUCCCUAUGGGUUUCUUUGACGCCAGCAUAUAUUCUGAAGAGAUUUACGAGACAAUUCAGAUAGUUCCAAAUUUGUUUCUGGGCUGUUCUCAAAUCGAAGGAUUAAUGAAAUCAAGUUUAGAAUGUUUUUAUAAUCUAUCAUGUGUGAAUGAAGUAAAUAAAAAUUCUCGUCAUCCUGCCGACUAUUUUUUUAAUUUUUCAAAUUUAAAUGAAAAUCUUAAUCUACCAAAUGAAACAAUUGAAUCAAUUAUGAAUAGACUUAUGGUUGAUUCUUGGAAAUGGAAUAUUUCAUUUUCUUCAUAUUAUAAUAGAUGUUCUCCGUCAUCAUGUACAUAUGAAUAUAUUAGUCGAAAUGAUUUAUUUUUUGUUAUAACAACAAUUAUUGGUAUAUUUGGUGGCUUAUCUCUUGGCUUAAAACUACUUAAUUUAGUUAUUCUUCGAUUUAUUGAAAAAACAAAUAAUGAUAAUACUUUUAAGGGAUUUAUAAAAGUAAUAAAAAGUUUAUUUGUUUGUAAUACUGAGCAACGUCUUGUUAAUCGAUUUCAUUUCGUUUUUCUUUUACUACUAUUAUAUUUCAUAUUUAUAUUUUCUGCUUUCAAAUCAAAAUCAGUUAUUGUUCAAAUAAAAAAUCCAUCGCUUUCAAAUUAUAAAGACUUAGUAAAAGAUCAUUCUUAUUCUCUUCAAUGUUCUUGUUCACAAAUAUCUAUUCAAUAUGAAACGUUUCUUAAUAUUCAACCAUAUUUUCAUGAAUUAUGUUCAAGUCAAUUUAUUUCGGAUGAAUGGAUUCAUUAUCUUUAUGGUGAAGGUGAUCUUACUCGUCGAUUUUCGUUCGAUGAUUAUCGUUAUUCAGCUCCUGGACAAUUUCUUUCGCUUUCAUCACUUUGUAAACUUAGUCAAGAAAAAGCAAAUCGUAUCGUCUCCCAUUUACUGACAAGUUACCAGAUUAAUUCUCUGCUUUUAUCUGAAGAUCUUCUAAUUGAAGAAGUUGAAACAAUGCUAAACCAAUUUCAAUCAGCUACAUCCAAAUCAUUUCUUAAUACUUUGAAUUUAAUUCUUGAAAUAAUUGGUUCAAAUAUGAUUUUUAGUGCAUGGUUCACUAAUUGGAAAUAUAUUAUUGAAACUGAAUUGUCUACUUCUAUUGCGCAUACAUUACCCAUAAAUUAUGAUGAAUAUAAUUGUGGAUUAUCAUUUAAAUGUACUAAAAAAUCAGGAGGUAUGAUGAGUGGUUGUUAUCCAUUAGAAUCUAUUCUUCAAACCAAACUUUCAUGUUUUUAUGAUCAAAAUUGUAUUGAUUCAAGUGGAAAGUUUACAGCAUUAAAUAUAUCAACGUUAGAAAAGAGCCAAUUUAAUUUAAAUUCAACAAUUGAAUCAGUUAUAAAUCAUUUAAUGAUUGAAGAGUAUAAAAGUGAUAUAUCAUAUGAAAAUUAUUUUAAUCAAUGUCAACCAUCAUCAUGUUCAUAUUCUUAUAUUAAAACUCAUGAUAUAACUCACACAAUAGCAUCUUUUGUUUCUCUUUAUGCUGGAUUAGCUAUUAUAACUCGCUGUUUAGCAAUUCUGCUUGUUAAGGUUUAUCGACAUCAAACAAGUCGAAUUAAACCUGAAGCUCUUCAACAAACUAUUUAA